CAUCAUUCGUCAUGGUCUUUAAACCAUUCAAGCCUCCUUUGAUAAGGAAUACUCUAUAUAAUACUGCUCAGAAAGCGUCGGCUCCCACCGCAGACACCGAUAACCAAGGCCCUCCUGCCAAAAAGCAACGUCGGGAUGAAGAGCAGACCGACCCAGAUCUUCCAGCCCGCUCAAAUGGGGCUCGGAAGCCGCUUGUCCAAGUGAAGAAUUGCGGGGAGGUAUCUAAUGACUCAAAAGACGAUUCAAGUGAUGAGAAAUACUUCAAUGUUUUAUGGCGCAAAUUCACUACCAAAAAGAACAAGACCUGGGAUGGAGAUGGUAUACUGUCUGUCCGUGACGGAUAUGCCUAUCUGCAAGAUAUCUCGGGGAAGGAGAUGGGGCGGGUGAUGUGUGGCUCUCGAUUGGAGCCGGGUGUCAUGUUGUCCAUAGGAGGCAAAGAGGUCGAAGUUGAUUCUGAAAUCCCGAAAAAAGAGUAUCUUUCUGGUAAGGUAUUCCUGGACAGCAAGAGUGCUCCUUCGCCUCCGGUACCGAAAAAGGAAUUUGUCCCUGUUGUGCCGACUAAGAGCAAGGCCGCUGCUGGUACUUUGACGUCAGCGACAGCAAAGGAGAGAACAGGACCUGAAUCGACUGUUCCUAACGCUGCUUCGAAGGGGAAAUCUACUCUGAGUGCAUACAAAAAUCCACUGUUGGAAAGUACGGUUGUGCCUCAAGCCCCAGCGGGCCAACCUAAGCCGCGCCAUGACCCCAAUCAACCUGGAGCACUGGUAAUGACGCGACCGGAUUCAGUCCCUAAAGGAAAACGAAUUGUGGAUGUUGUUGUGGAUCCUAUUUUGGGAAAGCACUUGCGGCCACACCAGCGUGAAGGUGUCCAGUUCCUGUACGAGUGCGUUAUGGGACUGAGGUCGUUCAACGGCGAAGGUGCGAUUCUAGCCGAUGACAUGGGGCUGGGCAAGACGCUGCAAACCAUCACGCUGUUGUGGACCCUACUGAAGCAGAACCCGAUCUACGAAAGACCUCCGGUUGUCAAGAAGGCACUUAUCGUAUGCCCGGUAACUCUGAUCAACAACUGGAGAAGAGAAUUCCGCAAGUGGUUAGGGAACGAACGUAUUGGCGUGUUCGUUUUCGAUGACAAAAGGAAGCGACUUACCGAUUUUACAAUGGGCAAGGCCUAUAGUAUUAUGAUUGUGGGCUACGAGAAAUUGAGGACUGUUCAAGAAGGGCUGGCAAGAGGCGCUGGGGUCGAUAUCAUCAUCGCCGAUGAGGGACACAGACUCAAGACGCUCCAAAACAAAAGCGGCCAGGCUAUCCAAUCUCUUAAUACCGCAAAGCGAGUUAUUCUCUCCGGAACACCGAUUCAGAACGAUCUGAGAGAAUUCUUCGCAGCAAUAGAUCUGGUCAACCCUGGAGUUUUGGGAACAUUCAAAGCCUUCGUCAGGGAAUUCGAAGGACCCAUUGUGCGAAGUAGACAGCCAGAAGCAACACGGAAGGAUAUCGAAAAAGGCGAGGCCAGGAAUGAAGAGCUGAGAGAGCUCACCUCCAAAUUCAUGCUACGCAGAACAGCAGAUAUCCUCGCCAAGUACCUCCCCCCUAAAACAGAAUACGUGCUGUUUUGCAAUCCCACCCCUACCCAGGCAAACAUAUACCGAAACGUGCUUGCGUCGCCUAUGUUUCAAUGUGCUAUUGGCAACUCCGAGAAUGCCUUACAGCUCAUCACUAUCUUGAAGAAGCUGUGCAACAGUCCUUCGCUUCUUUCCCCGAAGAAUACUGAUCAAUCCCCCAACGAGACCAUGUCAGCUUUAAUAUCAUCCCUCCCGCCAAACCUUCUGCGCCAUUUCUCUCCUUCAUCAAGUGGCAAAAUACGUGUGUUGGAUCAGUUUCUGCAUAACCUGCAGGCGUCAACAUCUGAAAAGGUCGUGCUUGUUUCGAACUACACAUCCACCCUCAAUCUACUAGCCACGCUACUAUCAUCGCUUUCUCUCCCAUUUCUACGAUUAGACGGUUCAACGCCACCGCAGAAACGACAGUCCCUCGUGGAAGAUUUCAACCGUCUUCCUCAAAACCUCUGCUUUGCGUUCCUCCUCUCUGCGAAAGCAGGUGGUACGGGAUUGAAUCUCAUCGGAGCCAGUCGUUUGAUCCUCUUCGACGUAGACUGGAAUCCAGCCACUGACAUACAAGCCAUGGCUCGGAUUCACCGUGAUGGCCAAAAACGGCAUUGCCGCAUAUACCGCGUUCUACUCAAGGGCAGUCUGGAGGAAAAGAUUUGGCAGCGCCAAGUCACCAAGAUCGGUCUCGCAGACAGCGUCAUGGGGAAUAAAGAUAGCGUGGCACAAUUCUCACGAGACGAGCUGAAAGACCUCUUCCGACUUGAUGAAGAAAGCAGAUGCCAAACCCAUGAACUCCUAGGUUGCGAAUGUGAAGGACGUGGAGAACAACCCACCACCUCUCGAACAACCGACACAAACGAGCCUACGCUAGAACUAUCAGAAGACGAAGACAACCUGUCAGAAUUAAGCGAUACACCAUCCCUUCCCGACCUUCCCACCCUAAUCAAAGCCUCAGAACUCGACAUGGAAGAACAGGAACGUGUAUUCCAAAACUCCCGGCCCCGUGACCGCCGCAAGAAGGCAGAUACCAACCCAGCCAAAAACGACAAGAACAAAAAAGAAAAGAACAAAAUGCAAGAGUCCCUAUCCCAAUACUCACACAUCGACCCUUCUCUCCUUCCCAUGGCAACCCAGUCGGAAACUCUCGAGCUCCAAAGUGCCAUCGACGACGAUGAUGUUCUAUUUCCCUUGCUGAAAGAGGAAGAUAAUCGGGUCAAAUUCAUUUUCAAAAAGACCAGCCAGGCAGAGGCGGAUGGGUCUUCUUCAUCAUCGCCUGUCGUUGUGGACUGAUUUUAUGUGAAAAAAAGAAAGGUUUAUUCUUGGCCGAGUUAUUUCUCACAUUGCAUUGCAUUGCAUGGCGUUUUGCUUGUGUACAUUGAUACCCCUGAGCAUGUACAUUCUGAGAUGUUUGUAUGAUACUACGCUACGAUUAUCUUAGAGGGAAGUCAUAUAUAAUGGACAAGCCAUAUAAUAGAUAUGCCCUGUCUACCUAAAUAGGCAGACGGGAUGGUAUUUACUAAAUAAACAACUUGGUAAGGCUUAUCAUCACAGUAAAUCUUGUAUGCAAAUGACAUGAGUAAAA